UCAAUUCAAAAUUCGUUUUGAUCUCGAACGAUUAACAUCAUCUUAUAAGAACUUGUUUUGACGGUGGAUCUAAUUCUUGUUGUGUUGAAAAUUUUUUUGACAAAAUGUGUGUUUUAUUUUCGUUAGUAAAUUUACUUUUAUUCGUUACUUACAGUUCUCAGUCGAGUCUACGGAUUGUAAGCGAUGAUUCUAGUGGUCAAAACGAUACGAGCGAGUCACUAAAAAAUGAUGCAGAUCACGCAGUCAUAAAACAUUUGCAUAAAAUUUACAAUUCCGAUUUGAAGAAGAAAGAUACCGACGUGAAACAACUCCUCUUGCUGAAACAACAAUACAUCGUCAGAAACCACAUCGAAGAAUUCGAAACCGAUUUCGCCCUCAGUUUCGUACCAGAUUGGUCGAAAGUUGACAAAUGGAGUUCGCCUGCUCGCCAAAGUAUCGAAAUCCGUCGCCAAAAAUGGGAAUUCAUCUUCGAUAAACACUCCGACCUGCAUCAAGUUCAAAGUUUGGCUGCAGAAUUAGCUAAAGGCGGAGUCAAUCAGUCCACGUUCUGUCGCGAGAUCGCCGAAGCGUAUUUUAUCCUUUCCCAUAAUUCGUACGUUUACAACAGAGGACCGAUGCCGAAUACCAAAGAUCAUAAAGUCAGCGAAUACAUCAACGAUCCGAUGAUGGAGAAAAGUCUCAAAGUUUUCAUGCAUAUUUUCCCCGAUUCCAAUGUCACCGUGAAUGAGGCUGAAGAAUUGGUACAAAUACCUAAAUCGGUUUACCAUAAAUUACUACGUAAGGAUACCCACGUUCAUCUUCUCAGGAAACACCACGAUUCGGAAAUGAGGCGUCAAAAGGAUAGCUACGAGAAUAAAAUCAAGGAGAUCCAUAAAGCACAUGACGAAGAAAUGUACACGGAUACUGAAAUGGAUACGGAUUCUGAUACGGAUACGGAUACGGGUUCGUCUGGUACUGGAACAGAUACCGAUAGGGACUCGUCGUAAAAUUUGAAAAAUCUUUCGAGUAAUACCUACCUAAUUAUUUGAUACUUUAUUUUAUAAGUUUAUUACACCUUGAAAGGUAUAUUUUUAGUGUUCCUGAUAUUUUUAUUUAAUUGCCUACUUUUGUAAAUAUUUCAAAUUCAUUAUGUCUAAAAUUGUACCUACUAAAUUAAAUAUAGGUUAUAAAUUUUU